AUAGUACCCUAUGUAAAAUAUUAAAGAAAAAGGCCCAGCUGUUUCUUACAAUACAUCUGAGGCAAAAAUUUUUCUGUGGCCUUUAAAAUACUGAGGUAGAUCCAAAUUUACUAUUCUGUUGCGUGGAGCCCCAAAAAUCUUACAUGGACCCCUGUUGAGAACCACUGUGUGUGUGAUGAGUAAACUAUAUCCUUCAUUGCAUGAUUUCUGCUCAUGUAGCAGAUUCCCAUGAUGUCCAAGUCAAGAAACUAACCACAAGAGAGGAUUCUUAGACAUUUCUCAGAUUUUAAUUAUUCCUGGAGAUUGGAUAUGGCAGACGUUAAUCACUUGGACGCUUCUGUUUUUAACCCUUUAGAUUCAUCUAAGGCAAAAAUUUUUCAGUGGCCUUUAAAAUACUGAGGUGGAUGCUAAUUUACUAUUCUCUUGCGUGGAGCCCCAAAAAUCUUACAUGGACCCCUGUUGAGAACCACUGUGUGUGUGAUGAGUAAACUAUAUCUUCAUUGCAUACUUUCUGCACAUGUAGCAGACUCCCAUGAUGUCCAAGUCAAGAAACUAACCACAAGAGAGGAUUCGUAGACAUUUCUCAAAUUUUAAUUAUUCCUGGAGAUUGGAUAUGGCAGACGUUAAUCACUUGGACACUUCUGUUUUUAACCCUUUAGAUUCAGUGACGUGGACAUACAAUGAUAUGAAACCGUUAUGUAGUGAGACAUUUAUUCAAGAACGAUCGUUGGAUAGAAACAUUGCUGACUACCGCUGUGAUAUUUGUUGGAAAACCUUCUCUUCGGAAGAUGAAGUUUUGACACACCGAGAAAUACACAACAGGGGAAAAUUCUAUCAAUGUAAAGUGUGCGGGAAAGGUUUUGUUUCUGAUGGCGAUUUAACCAAACAUAUACGAAGGCACACGGGAGAAAAACCUUAUCAGUGUGAGUUAUGUGAGAAAACGUUCUUUGAGAAUUCUAGUCUCGUACGUCACCGUAGAAUACACACGGGGGAGAAACUGUUUCAUUGCGAAACGUGUGGAAAAUUUUUUGUCUGUAAAAGUAAUUUGACCGCACACAAACGAACCCACACGGGAGAGAAACCCUACCAUUGUGAAAUAUGUGGAAAAUCCUUCCUUGAGAAUUCCGGCCUCCUGCGUCACCGACGGAUACACACGGGGGAAAAACUAUUCCGUUGCGAAGUCUGUGGGAAACCUUUUCUCUCCAACAGUAAUUUAACCACACAUAAAAGGACCCAUACUGGGGAAAGACCAUAUAAGUGUGAUAUAUGUGGGAAAUCUUUUUCUGAUAAUUCUAAUCUUGUCGUUCAUCGGAGAAUUCAUACGGGAGAAAAACGAUUUCGUUGUGGUCUGUGUGGGAAGUGUUUCGUCACUAACUGUGAUUUAAACAAACAUAAGAGAGUCCACUCUGGGGAAAAGCCUUUUCAUUGUGACAUAUGUGGUAAAUCAUUCUCUGAUAAUUCCAGUCUCUCGGUUCACCGAAGAACUCAUACUGGGGAAAAACGAUUCCGUUGUGAAAUAUGUACCAAGUCGUUUAUCACUAAUGGUCACUUAAAGUCCCACAAACGAAUCCACUCUGGAGAGAAACCUUUCCGCUGUGACAUCUGUGGGAAAUCAUUUCGUCAGAACUCUUAUCUCGUAGUCCACCAACGGAUCCACACAGGAGAGAAACCAUUCCACUGUGAAAUAUGUGGUAAGUCUUUUGUGUCGAACAGUGAUUUAACAAAACAUAUACGAGUCCAUACUGGAGAAAAACCGUAUCGUUGUGAAACCUGUGGAAAAUCCUUCGUGUCAAACAGUGAUUUAAGAUCACAUAAAAGGGUUCACACCGGGGAAAAACCCUUCUACUGUGAAAUGUGUGGAAAAUCAUUCUCUGAUAAAUCAACACUUGUAGGUCACCAAAGAAUCCACGCUGAAAAUAAAAGCCCUACCAUUAUGAAAUAAUAUGGGAUAUCAUUUGUCUAUGAAAGUAGCUUCACCCUAGAGCAGUGCUUUUCAACCUUUUUGCUGGAGCGGAACCCCAAGGAAACAUUCCACUGGCUCGAGGAACCCCUGUGCCAAAAUUUAAUAGUCUUAUGCACACAUAUCUGCACAGGAGAAUUAAAAAUUACUGCCGAUUUUAGCAGUUUUGUAACUUCUUGCGGAACCCCUGGACUGUACUGGCAGAACCCUGGUUGAAAACCACCGAACUAGAGCCUUUCACAUUAUUCUGUCAAAAGUUUGUAUUGAAUAAGUUUUUGCUAUUGAUGAGGAGGAAAUAUUGAAAAACCGUAUCGUUGUGAAACCUGUGGAAAAUCCUUUGUGUCAAACAGUGAUUUAAGAUCACAUAAAAGGGUUCACACUGGGGAAAAACCCUUCUACUGUGAAAUGUGUGGAAAAUCAUUCUCUGAUAAAAUCAACGCUUGUAGUUCACCAAAGAAUCCACGCUGAAAAUAAAA